AUUAAACGGAGUAGACCAAAAUCCCAAACAAGGAAAUGGUGGGGGAAUAAAACGACCAGAUUAUUUAAUUAAUGCAUGUAAUAAUUAAAAAUGUAUAUUAUUGUAAUUUAAGAAAUAUUUAUGGGUUAAAAUGGAUUACGACUUCAAAACAAAGCUCGCGGCCGAACGAGAGAAGGUAGAAGAUCUGUUCGAAUAUGAAGGUUGCAAAGUGGGUCGAGGCACAUACGGGCACGUUUAUAAAGCUAAGCGCAAAGACGGGAAAGAUGAGAAGGAGUAUGCACUGAAGCAAAUUGAAGGAACUGGAAUAUCGAUGUCUGCUUGCAGGGAAAUUGCUCUGCUACGAGAGCUGAAACACCCCAACGUGAUUGCCCUGCAGAAAGUGUUCCUGUCCCACAGUGACAGAAAGGUCUGGCUCCUUUUCGACUAUGCCGAGCAUGAUCUCUGGCACAUCAUCAAGUUCCACCGAGCCUCCAAGGCCAAUAAGAAGCCCAUGCAGCUGCCGAGAGGGAUGGUCAAGUCUCUCCUAUAUCAGAUUCUGGACGGGAUCCAUUACCUUCAUGCCAACUGGGUGCUUCACAGGGAUCUGAAACCCGCCAACAUUCUGGUAAUGGGGGAGGGCCCAGAACGAGGACGAGUGAAAAUCGCUGACAUGGGCUUCGCCAGACUCUUCAACUCUCCUCUCAAACCCCUGGCGGACCUUGACCCCGUCGUGGUGACGUUCUGGUAUAGGGCCCCUGAGCUGCUGCUAGGGGCCCGACAUUACACCAAAGCAAUCGACAUUUGGGCGAUUGGCUGCAUCUUUGCGGAGCUGCUGACGUCCGAGCCCAUCUUCCACUGUCGCCAGGAGGACAUUAAGACCAGUAACCCCUUCCACCACGACCAGCUGGACAGGAUAUUCAGUGUCAUGGGCUUCCCAGCAGAUAAAGAUUGGGAGGACAUCAGGAAGAUGCCCGAGUACCCCACCCUUCAGAAAGACUUCAGGAGAACGACGUAUGCAAAUAGCAGCCUCAUCAAAUACAUGGAGAAGCAUAAAGUCAAACCUGACAGCAAGGUUUUCCUGUUGCUCCAGAAACUCCUCACAAUGGACCCCACCAAAAGGAUUACUUCUGAACAGGCACUGCAGGACCCCUAUUUCCUGGAGGACCCCUUACCAACCUCAGAUGUAUUUGCCGGAUGUCAGAUACCUUACCCGAAACGAGAGUUUCUGAACGAAGAUGAGCCGGAAGAAAAAACAGAGAAGAACCAGGCCCAACAGCACCAGCAGACAACAGCCCAGGCCCAGGCCCAGCAGCAGAGCGGCACCCAGCAAGCCUCCACCCAACAGACCUCUGCCCAGACCAACGGUAACACAGGUGCUACGGGAGCCAACAAAGGUGGAGGCCUCCAGCACGGCCAGGACCAGGGGCCUCCAAACAAGAAACCUCGGAUCGGGCCCUCUGGGGCCUCCUCCGGCACUGGGGUCCACCAGUCCGAGUACCAGCACUCCAGCUCCCGCCUUGGAUACCAAAGCAACGUCCAAGGUUCCACUCAGUCCCAGGGAUACUCGUCGUCAUCCCAGCAGAGCUCACAGUACUCCCACCAAUCACACCGCUACUGAGGCUCCGAGAACUGCUCUCCAAAUCAACAGCAGGGGCCUCUCCCAAACUUAACCCUCGACCUCAAACAAACCUUAGCAUAACCUCUCAUCUCCCUCAUCCUGAUCAGACCUCAUCAUGUCAGAUCAUUCCAACAACGCAACAGUCACUUCUCUCCUCCUUCAUGCCAGCCUUACUACACAGAGUGACCCUGGCCUCACUUCCACCCAAUGCCCUCACACUUACCGGAGGGCACUGCAAAAUGAAGGCAAAACUCAACAUAGGAACCAAAAACAAUCCCUGCCUCCUAAGGGCAUAGGACAAGAUUUUCUAUUAUUAUCAAGUGACGAAAUCUGUUGAUACUAGAUUAUAAGACGGAAACACAUCAGGUGCAACUUUGACUACACACGCCUACUACACAAAGACUACGAAUCACAGCACUUACAAAAAACAUGUUCUUCAAGAGGAAGAAUUGCAGCUCUGUUCAUAUAUAAAUAUAUAUAAAUACUAUAUAGUACCUUUUUCUAUUCAUUUAACAAGACACUUUUUUUUGCUUGUUUGCGAAGUGGAGUUUAAGUUUACUUUGAUCGUUGAUGUUUUUGUAAAUGUUGUUCGAUAUUGACAAAGGAAAAUAGCCCUUUGCUGUCAUCACUUACCUUCACUGUACAUUUAUUUACCCUGGAUAUCUAUUAUAUACAGAUAGCAAUCAAAGCAAAAGAAAGAAAAUGAGCCAACACUUUCCUGAUGAUAAAACAAGACAGAAUCUUCUAUUCUCCCGUUGGCUUGGAAUCACAUUUGUAUAAGAGAAAGUCAGCUCUUUAGCUGAUGUCAUUGCAGGGAACUAUGAAAUACACCAUUUAUUUUAAUCUUGUUAUAUUAAUAUUUAGGGUUUUCUACUUUUAGGCCUUUUGUUUGUCUAGAUUUGUAGUCUAAAAGUCUGCAUUGGAAGGAAAUGUUUCUGCAGCAAGUUAUGUAAUCUUUAAUUGUCUCCAACAACUCUAGGUACUGCAUGUCGUCAGACAGGUUACAACUACCAAGCUACUUUUUACCAUGGGUCGUAUCCAUCAAAGAAACAUUUGUUGGUGAAUCUGAACGAUCUCAUUUCAAGCUGGAAGUGUUUAAGUGUGUUGAGGUGCCUCUUUGUGGACACCUUUGCUUGACGGAUUUUACCAUGGACCCAAAGGUCACCGAAGGUCACUGAAGGUGUGCGUUGUCAUCAUACUGGGAAGCCAAAAGUGUGUAUGUUCCAGAGACUGUUACUGCCUGAUAGUUUUUUGUUGUUGUUAAUGUAAUGUUCUACAUUUUUAUUUCUCAUUAUUGCCCUUUACAGUUUCAGUUUGUAUUUUCUCUUAUUCAGUCGAAGGACUGCACUGCUGAACGGAUCUGCAAAGAGCUGGAACAAAUAUGGGGUGAAUUAUUAUGCUCCGUCCUCUUCAACUCCACAACGCUGGUUGCGCACUGAGUAUAAACCAAGGCAGAGAA